CAACCAGAGUAUUAAAUGUGCCCCUCGCCACGCCUCCGAAGAGCAGUCGAUGCAAGAGAGAGAGAGAGAUGGCAAAAGGAGAGGUACAGUCGUACUCGACCGUCGUCUGUGAUCUUCUGAGCUUCCUCAACGCUUCUCCAACAGCCUUCCAUGCCGUUGAUGAAGCCAAGAGGCGUUUGAAGGAUGCUGGGUUCGAGCAUGUGUCGGAGCGAGAGGAUUGGAAGCUUGAAGUUGGGAAGAAGUAUUUCUUCACCAGGAAUUACUCGACCAUAGUCGCAUUUGCGAUUGGAAAGAGAUAUGUUCCAGGCAAUGGAUUUCAUAUUGUUGGGGCACAUACUGACAGUCCGUGCUUGAAACUCAAGCCGGUUUCGAAGGUAGCAAAAGGGGGCUAUUUGGAGAUAGGUGUGCAGACAUAUGGAGGCGGGUUGUGGCAUACCUGGUUCGAUCGCGACCUGACUGUUGCAGGGCGACUGAUCAUAAAGGAAGGGAAAGAUGAUUCUAUUUCCUACUUGCAUAAGCUUAUCAGGAUUGAGGAGCCGAUUAUGCGGAUACCUACUCUGGCUAUUCACUUGGAUAGGGAUGUCAAGGAUGCCUUCAAGGUUAACACACAUAGUCAUCUUGUCCCUGUUCUAGCGACAUCGAUCAAGGCUGAGCUACAAGAGGUGGCGAUAGAAAAUGGUCCAGUUGAGGACGGAGUUCAAGGUGAUGGAAAAGAAUCACAUGGAACAAGGAAUGGCAAUAUGAAGAAGCAUCAUACUACUCUAUUACAGCUGCUUGCAGAUCAGGCUUGCUGCCAACCAGAUGAAAUAUGUGAUUUUGAGUUGCAAGUCUGUGAUACUCAACCAAGUAUUGUAGGUGGUGCUAUGAAGGAAUUUGUAUUUUCAGGAAGGCUCGAUAACCUAUGCAUGUCGUUUUGCUGUUUGAAGGCAUUGAUAGACUCAACAUCUUCUGAAAAUUCUCUUGAUAAUGAGCCUGGUAUAAGGAUGGUGGCUUUGUUUGAUCAUGAGGAAGUGGGAUCUAAUUCAGCACAAGGAGCUGGUUCUCCUGUAAUGUUAGAUGCUCUAUCAAGAAUAACAAACUUCUUCAGCUCUUCAAAUUCCCAGCUGCUCGAGAAAGCGAUACAAAGGAGUUUCCUUGUUUCUGCUGACAUGGCACAUGCCUUACACCCCAAUUACAUGGACAAACAUGAAGAAAAUCAUCAGCCGAAAUUGCAUGGAGGCCUCGUCAUCAAACACAAUGCUAACCAGCGCUAUGCCACGAAUGCUAUCACUUCUUUCAUAUUUCGGGAGAUCGCUGAGACGCAUAACCUUCCUGUUCAGGAUUUCGUGGUUCGCAAUGACAUGCCUUGUGGCUCGACCAUCGGUCCCAUACUUGCAAGUGGUGUUGGAAUCCGCACCGUAGAUGUUGGCGCGCCGCAAUUGUCAAUGCAUAGCAUAAGGGAAAUGUGUGCAGUGGAUGAUGUAAAGCAUUCCUAUGAGCAUUUCAAGGCAUAUUUCCAAGAGUUCUCUCAGCUUGAUGCCAGGAUUAGUGUGGACUGAGAUAGCUCCCUACAAUAAACCCCACUUAAUGGUGCCUACUCAUAUUUUAAGUUUAGACCAGUAACUUAUCCGCAGAUAUUCAUGAAUGCUGUUGUGCUUUUUUUUUUUU